UGGUGUAAGAAUUAUUAGUGAACAAAAAUGGGUUGAAACUCUUCAUAAAGUGGAAACAUGCGGAACUGGAAAAAAAAGAACUAGAAGCGAUAACAACAAAUCACAGAAUCAAAAGAAAUUGGUUUAUCUAGAGUCUCGACAAUACAGGAGAUUUUGGCAAAUGAGACGCGUCUAUAAAACAACUUAUAUCCGUACCGGUUCAAUCGGUUCAAAAGGAAUGGAAACAAGCAAAGAAUAUGAGACCAAAAGACUUGCAAAGGAGAGUAUGACUUCAAUGAUCGCAAGUAAAAAAGUAUCUGGAUAUAAAGAAGCUAGAAGACCACAAUCUCUUGAUUAUGAAGACUCAUCGGAUUCUUCUGAUGAUAAUUUUGGUGAUGAGAAUGAUGAAAACGAU